UGCUGGAAGAAGCAAGUGUUUCCUUUGGGCUUGCUUGCUGCUACGUUUAGUAGCAACGUUCUGCCCAUAUAUCUGUUAAGUUUGGCGCGUAACUAACAAGCGUUAAACUAUCUUGCCUAAUAAUAUUUUUUCUGCAUGUUAAUAUUGCAAAUUAGCUGGCGAGGUGAACGUAACCUUGUCUGAAAAGCAUCUUUUAACAUAAUUGGAACACGAAAUUACGAUGCCAUCCCCGAUGGAGGGAUCUUCCAGAGAAGGUGACCUCUUUACCGUGAAACAUGAGCUGAAAAAUGCCAACCUGACGGGCCAUGUGGAGAGGGUGGGCAUUGAAAACUUUGAGCUAUUAAAGGUGCUGGGCACAGGAGCUUAUGGCAAGGUGUUCCUGGUGAGGAAAGUGAGUGGUCACGAUGCAGGAAAGCUGUAUGCCAUGAAGGUUUUGAAGAAGGCCACUAUUGUACAAAAGGCAAAGACUGCCGAACACACGCGGUCAGAGCGUCAAGUGCUGGAGCACAUCCGCCAGUCUCCGUUCCUCGUCACACUUCACUAUGCCUUCCAGACGGAUACCAAGCUGCACCUGAUUCUCGAUUAUGUAAAUGGUGGGGAGCUCUUCACACAUUUGGUGCAGAGGGUGCGAUUUAAGGAACAAGAAGUCGCCUUGUACAGUGGAGAGAUUGUGUUGGCACUAGAACAUCUACAUGAGCUUGGGAUUGUCUACCGGGAUCUGAAACUUGAGAAUAUUCUGCUGGAUUCGAGUGGUCAUAUAGUUCUCACAGACUUUGGUCUCAGUAAAGAAUUUGAUCAGGUGGAAAGGGCGUUUUCUGUUUGUGGCACCAUUGAAUAUAUGGCUCCAGAAAUUGUGGAAGGAGGAGAGUCUGGACAUGACAAGGCGGUGGACUGGUGGAGCCUCGGCGUGUUGAUGUACGAGCUUUUGACUGGCGGAUCGCCCUUCACUGUUGAUGGAGAUGAGAACUCGCACACAGACAUUGCCAAGAGGAUUUCAAAAAAGGAUCCUCCUUUCCCCAAAGAUAUGGGACCUCUGGCCAAAGACCUCAUCCAGCGACUCCUCAUCAAAGAUCCAAAGAAGAGAUUGGGCUCAGGUCCUAAUGGAGCAGAGAAUGUGAAAAAACACCCAUUUUACCAGAAAAUAAACUGGGAGGACUUGGCAGCUAAGAAGGUGCCUGCCCCAUUCAAGCCGGUGAUUCGGGAUGAGCUGGAUGUCAGCAACUUUGCAGAAGAGUUCACAGAGAUGGACCCCACCUACUCUCCGGCAGCUCUGCCUCAGAAUUGUGACCGCAUCUUCCAGGGCUACUCUUUCAUGGCCCCCUCUAUCCUGUUCAAGAGGAAUGUGGUGAUGGACGACUCUGUCCAGCUGUGUGGGGGCUCUGAGAGGCCGGGCUCUGCUGCGGUGGCCCGCAGCGCCAUGAUAAAGGACUCACCUUUCUAUAUGAGUUAUGAGAUGGACCUGAAGGACAGUGCUUUAGGAGAGGGUAGCUUUUCCAUCUGCAGACGGUGCACACACAAGAAGACCGGACAGAAAUACGCAGUCAAGAUUGUCAGCAAGAGGAUGGAGGCACAGACUCAGCGGGAAGUAGCAGCCCUGAAGCUCUGCGAUGGCCACCCUAACAUUGUCAAGUUACAUGAAAUUUACCACGACCAGCUCCACACAUACCUGGUUCUGGAGCUUCUUGGUGGAGGGGAGCUGCUGGAGAGGAUCCGCAGAAAGCAACAUUUCAGCGAAACCGAGGCCAGCCGCAUCAUGCGAAAACUGGUGUCGGCCGUCAGUCACAUGCACGACGUAGGAGUGGUGCAUAGGGACCUUAAACCAGAGAACCUGCUCUUCACAGACGAGAGUGAGAACUCUGAGAUCAAAAUCAUAGACUUUGGCUUUGCUCGCCUCAAACCACCAGACAAUCAGCUCCUGAAGACUCCCUGCUUCACCCUGCACUACGCAGCACCAGAGAUACUCAAGUAUGACGGCUACGACGAGUCCUGUGACCUGUGGAGUCUGGGAGUUAUUCUGUACACCAUGCUGUCUGGCCAGGUGCCUUUUCAGUGUCAGGAGAAGAGCCUGACUCACACCAGUGCUGAGGAAAUUAUGAAGAAAAUCAAACAGGGGGACUUCUCUUUUGAAGGCGAGGCCUGGAGAAAUGUGUCCCAGCAGGCCAAGGACCUGAUACAAGAGCUGCUGACCGUGGACCCAAACAAGAGGAUUAAGAUGUGUGGCCUACGUUACAAUGCCUGGCUCCAGGACGACAGCCAGCUGUCCUCCAACCCACUCAUGACCCCGGACAUUCUUGGCUCCUCUACUGCCUCUGUCCACACUUACGUCAAAGCUACCUUUCAUGCAUUUAACAAAUGUAAGCGGGAAGGCUUCCGCCUGCAGACGGUGGACAAAGCGCCACUAGCCAAGAGGAGGAAGAUGAAAAAGACAAGUACCAGCACAGAGACCCGCAGCAGUUCCAGUGAGAGCACCCAUUCCUCGUCCUCCUCCUCCCAGUCUCAGGAGAAGACUUUUCCAGAGGACAACACCAAGCUGCAGCCCUCUAACAGCACCCCUCUCAUCGUGCCCGCCAACACACCCGCGGCCCUGGGGACAGACUCUGAGCACCAACCAAUGCAUCCAGCCUUUCACUUCUCAGAAGAACAGUGAGACAGCGAGAGGAAAAAGGGAGAUUCAGACAGCUUCAUGACCCACAGGACGGCUUGGAACAUUGUGGAGACCGCUCUCUUCUUCUUCUCUCUGUCCCCGGCAGCUCUCUGCCUCUGGCUUGAUUGCAUGGACGUCCGCACGUCUCCAAAACCAAGCAUGCAGCAGGAGCAGCAACCGUCACCUCAGUAUCUAUCAAUCAAUCAAUCAAUCAAUCAUCACUAGCAAUAGCCUAUCCCUUUUCUUUCUCUUUCACUUUCAAAGACGGACUGUGUCAAUCAGGGACUGGACCAGGAAGAAGUUGUCACCAGUGUCCAAAAUGAAAAGGGCUGCCCUACUGCCCCAGGUCCAGACAAACAAUGGAGAGCCAUCUUCAGUCUCUUCAUAGAAUCGCAGCUCUCGCUCUGUCCGCUCCAUUUACCUGUCUCUGUCCAUGCCUCCAGAGGUUUUAAAAGGGAACGUUGUAGUGUUUACACCAUGGAUGCUUUGUAUUUUUUUGUCAAAGGGAGAGCAGAAAUGCAACGGGCUGCUGCGUAACGUGGGUCCUUUUCUGGGAAGUCUCUGCAAGAUGGAGCAGGGUAUUUAUAUGUGAAUUUUACAACUGAGAUUUAUUUAUGAUAAGCUAUAUUGUUAACUUAUUUAUGGUUCAGACUGAUCUAAAAAUAAAUAGUGAAUAUAGUGAGUCUUCAGAAAAAAAAAAGACAUUUUGUGUAUGUGUGUGUUUUCCUAUCAGCUCUAAAGACUGUUUCCAUGUAGUCAGAUGGUUGUUAAUUCAUCUUUGUAAUCAUCUUAGACAUGAAUGCUUGAAGUAGGUUAGAGACACAGUUAUGUAGACAUUGUAAGACUAUUAUAGGCAAGAAGAGAUUAACACCAUUCGCUACUGGUUAAUGGAUGUCAAAUUUAUGGUGGCUGGUGAAUUUUGAGAUUGAACUGCUGCUGUGUCCAGUUGUCAAAAAAAGUAAUUUCCUUGUUUAAAGAAGCAAAAGUGUAAACAUUUUUUUUUUUUUUUAAAAGCAACCAAAUGUGGAUGUACUAUGUUCAGCCAAAUCUGGGGUUUUAUUGUUCUAUGGGGAGUACAGCUGCCCGAGGGGAUGUGACCCUACAAGAGCUAUAUUUAGACUUAUUUUUGCCUCCAGUGUGGGAGUAUGACCACUGCUGUUCUUCAUAGUCUGAUCAUUCAUGUCAGCAUAAGCCCAGCAGAUUUGCCUUGUGUGGUAUAGGACUUAAUUGCCUCAUUAUCACUACAACCAAUUGGAUUGAACAGAAUAUCCCUAAUGGAAAAUUCCAAUCAGCUUAGUGUGAGGUGAAUGCGUCAAGGAAUUUAGGUUGAGUUUUUUUGAGAUCCAAGACGCCAAAGGGCAGCUUCAAGUAGCUUCCUUUACAGAUGAAAGAAAAUGAAAAGGUUUAUGUGCCAAAAAAUGCAAUUAAAUCAGGUAAUGGACAGGUUUGAGUCUAUGAGUUAAGGGUGGUGAGACAUUAGGAUAUUUUAAGGCAAUAUAGUUGCCCCUUGUGUCACUGCCCAAAGUCUUACAACCACUGCAAAACAUCUACCCUUAAUGAAAACAGUCCAUGAGGACAGACCUCAAACAAACACUCCUUCUAUUAUGACACCAUCCCUUGCUCUAUUUACCAUGUUGUACUGCAUGACUGAAAUGGUGAUCUUUGCACUGUGUGACAGCUCUCACUUUGAGGCAGAUAUCUGGUUAGUGUUAAGUGCAUGAUGUUAUCUGAAACUUUAUUUUUUUGUUUUGUUUUCUGGGCUUUUUUUUUUUUUGGCAGAUUCUUACUUUAUUUAUUGUGAGUUUGUUUACUUGCUUAUUUCAAUAUCCCCGAUUUAAUUCGGGACUUUGAAGUUUUGCCCCAAUGUUACAAUACUGGUGUUAGCCAGGAUAGUUUGGCAAGUAAAUGUAAUGGGUAUUUGUGUUCAGUACUAUAUGUGAAGCUGCCUAGAACCAGUUUCUCCUGCUCAAUCAGGAUAGAAAUUCCAAGUUGGACUACUGUGUGCAUUUAAAUACAAUUCCUCAUCUUCUUCCAUUUUAA